GAGAGAGAGGGGCUGCAGCAGAGUAGGCAGAGCAAGGCAACGCAAGAAGCAAAGCUGCCCUCUUUUUCCUCGUGCAGGCAAGACGACCAGGCAGAGAAGAAGAAGCCCGCAGCGAGCAGCAGCAGCUCAGCGCUCUCUCUCUCCUCUCGUCUCCGCCGCUCCCUCCGGUCUCAUCUCCCUCCUCCGCCCACUCCGCCUCCUCCUCGAGAAGCAAGGCCGGGACUCCCCGCCCGGCGUGCGGCCGCCGGCGGCCUGGCUGCGCCGCCCUCCCCAGUUCGGCCGGAUCUUGGAGGAGGAGGAGGGCCGGCGAAGUAUCUAGGGUUUCAGACGAUCUCGGCCCGCUCCUCGGUUCCUGUCCCCCCUCAGGUCGUUCGAUAUUUGACAAUCGUAUUAGUCCUCUGUGAUAGCAGUCCAUAUGUAUCGGUGCUGUUUUUAGAACUCCAUAGUAUCUUGGGGAUCAGAUGCGACAGAUAUGCCCACUAAAGGGGUCUCUUCAGAUGUUAUCAGAGUAAGCACCUCUAGUGCCCCUAGUACGUCGAGUCAUGGUUCUGCACAAGAUGACUGUGAUUCCUCAGGCGACGUGUAUGUGUGGGGUGAAGUUAUUUGUGAAAACUCUGUAAGAGCUGGUUCUGAUGCGGUAAUCAGGUCAACUGUGCGGCAUGAUGUCCUAUUACCGAAGCCCUUGGAGUCCAAAUUAGUUCUUGAUGUGUAUCAUGUGGAUUGUGGGGUCAAGCAUGCUGCUUUGGUCACAAAAAACGGGGAAGUCUUCACAUGGGGUGAAGAAUCUGGAGGACGCCUUGGCCAUGGAUCACGAGAAGAUUAUAUUCACCCCAGUCUAGUCGAAUCAUUAGCAGUUAGCAAUGUGGAUUUUGUUGCUUGUGGGGAGUUCCAUACUUGUGCUGUGACAACAGCUGGGGAGCUGUAUACCUGGGGAGAUGGAACACACAAUAUUGGACUUUUAGGCCAUGGUACGGACUUAAGUCACUGGAUUCCUAAAAGGAUUUCAGGAGCAUUGGAAGGCCAGCAAGUGGCUUAUGUUUCUUGUGGAACCUGGCAUACGGCCUUGAUUACAUCAACUGGACAGUUAUUUACCUUUGGUGAUGGUACUUUUGGAGUUCUAGGCCAUGGAAACCGAGAAAGCAUUCCAUGUCCAAGGGAGGUAGAAUCUUUAUCAGGGUUGAAAACGAUUGCUGUUGCAUGUGGUGUAUGGCACACUGCAGCCGUCGUAGAAGUUAUAGUGACUCAGUCAAGUUCAAGUAUAUCUUCUGGAAAGCUCUUCACAUGGGGAGAUGGUGACAAACAUCGACUUGGUCAUGGUGACAAGGAACCGCGAGUUAAGCCCACAUGUGUGGCUUCACUUAUUGAUUAUGAUUUUCACAGGAUAGCAUGUGGCCAUAGUCUUACCGUGGGUCUGACAACAUCUGGACAGGUAUGGGGCAUGGGUAAUACUGUUUAUGGCCAGCUUGGGAAUCCCCGCUCAGAUGGUAAGCUCCCGUGUUUAGUUGAAGAUAUUAUGGGUGAAAAUGUUGUUCAAGUUGCUUGUGGUUCCUACCAUGUUGCAGUUUUAACAGUUAAGAGUGAGGUUUUUACUUGGGGGAAAGGAGCCAACGGAAGAUUGGGCCAUGGAGAUAUAGAGGACAGGAAAAUACCUACACUGGUUGAGGUGUUGAGAGACAGGGGAGUUAGGCACAUAGCCUGUGGUGCAAACUUCACAGCUGCUAUAUGCCAACGUAAAUGGAUGUCAGGAGCAGAGCAGUCGCAAUGUGCUUCAUGCCGGCAACCAUUUGGGUUCACCCGAAAGAGGCAUAACUGCCAUAAUUGUGGACAUGUCCAUUGCAAUGCGUGCACAUCACGGAAGGUGCUGAGGGCAGCGUUGGCUCCUAACCCUGCAAAACCUUACCGUGUUUGUGAUUCCUGUUUCUUGAAAUUGAACAAUGCCAUUGAUUCUAGCGCAGUUAAUAAGAGGAAAGAGGCUGUGCCUCGCCACUCCGGUGAAAGCAAUACUGAUGCGAAAUUAGCUAAAGCAAUUAUUCCUAGUAACUUGGAUAUGAUUAGAAGUUUGGAUAGCAAGGCAGCAAAACAAGGGAAGAAAACAGAUGCGCUGUCAUUCCUUCGAAAUCCUCAAAUGAAUUCACUUCUUCAGUUGAGAGAUAUUGCUUUAUCUGGUGGAUUUGAUCUGAACAGACCGGUUCAAAAAACAGUUCGCACACCAGCAGUUCGAUCGGUAAACACUUCGAGGGCUGUUUCCCCUUUCUCUCGAAAGCCUAGCCCACCACGUUCUACCACACCAACACAUGGCCUUUCGAUCGCGAAAAGUGCUACUGAUAAUCUCACGAAAAAAAAUGAGAUGUUAAAUCAGGAAGUUGAAAGACUCCGUGGACAGGUUGAUAAUCUUAGGCACCGUUGUGAGCUCCAAGACCUGGAGUUACAGAAGUCAGCUAAGAAAGUACAAGAGGCCAUGACGCUGGUUGCAGAGGAAUCUGGAAAGUCCAAAGCUGCAAAGGAAGUCAUAAAAUCCCUAACAGCACAGCUCAAGGAUAUGGCUGAAAGACUGCCUCCAGAUCCGGGAGCCUAUGAUGGCAAUGAUGCAAAGCAGUCACAGUUUCCAAAUGGAAUUGAGUCUCAUGGUUCUAUUUACUCUAGCAUGAAUGGGAUUCAUCAGCCACGAAAUGAGUCUAUCCAUGCUUUAAACAUGCCUAGCCUGAACAGUGGACGAGCCUUGCACUCAAAUGGAAUUUCUGGUCAACAUAAAUCACCAGGUAAUAAUAUUAGUGAAAAUAACGAAGUGAGUGCUCACAGACAUAGGGUUUCAAGUCCUCAUGAUGCUGAGCAUUCAAAUCGAAGAGGGCACGACAGUGGUGAUGAAUUGUUCACUGCAAGCCGUAGAGCGGGUGAUAGUGCUAGCAUGGAUACCAUGUCCCUUCAAAAUGGUGAGGACGGUUACAAAUCUCGAGGCACGGUAUCACUGUCCGGUAACCAAGUUCAGGCUGAGUGGAUUGAACAGUAUGAACCAGGUGUAUACAUAACAUUGAUGACGCUUAUUGACGGGACUCGGGAUCUGAAGAGGGUGCGCUUCAGUCGAAGACGGUUUAGCGAGCAUCAAGCAGAGAACUGGUGGAACGAGAACCAUGAAAAGGUUUAUGAACGGUACGACGUGAGGAGCUCUGAGCGAGCAUCAUCGGCUGCAUCGACCCGGUCAGCCAGAUGACCUGAGGACUGACUUGCUGCCUAGCCGAUCAUCCGAGCUUCAUUUUUUCUCCUGCAAUGUCGAUAGUUUAUUCCUUGUUCCGCAAUUGGAUCAUCCAUUCAGGCAGGCAGGCAGGCAUAAUACAAGGGUUUUGUAGCCCUGCCCUGUGCCCUGGAUGUAAUGUAAAUAUAGAGCUGCCAAAUGCUAGUCUGGGAAAGAGGAGUGGAGGGUGUGUUUGAGAUCCAGCCUCCUCUUUCCCCCAAUUCUGUAGCCAAUUCAGGAGUAACAUUCAUAAAAUUUCUCUAGCCAUCUUCCAAAGUUUC